UGUCUCUGUUGAAGGAUCUGAAACACGCCAACAUCGUCACGCUUCAUGACAUCAUCCACACGCAGAAAUCCCUCACACUGGUGUUUGAGUAUCUGGACAAAGAUCUGAAACAGUAUCUGGACGACUGUGGAAACACCAUCCACGUUCACAACGUCAAACUCUUUCUGUUCCAGUUGCUACGAGGCUUGUCGUACUGUCAUCGGAGGAAAGUUCUCCACAGAGACCUGAAACCCCAAAACCUGCUGAUCAACGAGCGAGGAGAGCUUAAACUGGCAGACUUUGGUUUGGCUCGAGCGAAGUCGAUCCCGACGAAGACGUACUCUAACGAGGUGGUGACGCUGUGGUACCGACCGCCGGACAUCCUGCUGGGCAGCACCGACUACUCCACCCACAUCGACAUGUGGGGGGUUGGUUGUAUCUUCUAUGAGAUGGUGACGGGUCGACCUCUGUUUCCUGGUUCCACCGUGGAGGAGGAGCUUCACUUCAUCUUCAAACUCUUGGGUACUCCCACAGAGAGGAGCUGGCCUGGGAUCAGUUCAAAUGACGAUUUUGUGACGUACAACUAUCCUCAGUACCGAGCAGAGAGACUCAGUAACCACACUCCCAGGCUCAGCAGUGAAGGAGUGGAGCUGUUGUCAAAGUUCCUGCAGUUUGAGGGGAAGAAGAGGAUCUCGGCAGACGAGGCGAUGCGCCAUCGUUACUUCAGUAACCUCGGAAACAGAGUGAUGACGCUUCCUGACACGACGUCCAUCUUCAGUGUGGCGGAAGUUCAACUGGAAAAAGAAGCAAUCAGACCGACAGUCACUCCUGACCCAGCGAACAGUCCAUCCAGGAGGCGGAGUCUGCUCUUCUGACACCAUCAGGGAGGCGGAGUCUGCUGCAGGACAAAACAAAGGGAAACCGAAAGGAAAGGAAGCGAUGAUUUUUUUUUUUUUGUGGGGGAGAAAUUGCUGCUGAGGAAGUAAAACUAAAGAAGAAGAAAACAAACUGAUGUCUGGAAAUAUUAUUUAUCGAGAUAAGAAGAAGGCAGCCUGCUGUUUACACAGACAGACGCAAUAAUGAAUCACAGCACCCAUCUGACCAAUCAGAGAACAGCAUGUUGUUACCAACAGAGCUCAGAACAGAUGAACGACUUAAAGCUUGUCUUCCAUUUUCACCGCACAGAUCGAACACAUCGUGUUUUUAAAAGACUUAACAGGAUCCUGGAAAGCCUAGAAUUCCGUUGGAAGCACCGGGACACACAGUCAGGUGACACCUGUUGGUCCUCGCCCUGUUGAAUGACAUCACAGAAACAGACUGAUGAUGUCGCAGGCUGACGGGCGACCUCCUGUUUGAGGCUGCAGGUGUUUGGGUCGUUGUUGUUCUUCUGGACUAAACUGAAACAUCUUUUUUUUUAAAUAUUCUUUCCACCUUGUUUACAGAGAAACACCUCACGAAACAGAAGCAUCGGUGUAAAUAUUCUCAUUUCUAAAUAUAUAAAAUAAGAAAGAUAAAUAUCUCGUCGUUAAUUUGAACCGCAAACAUUUAACUUUAUUUAUUUCACUUUAAAAGCAGGAAAUCAAACGGCUGAAAGACGUCGUCGUCAUUUCAGACAGGAAGUGCUGCAGACAGAUUUUCACCUGUUUUAUACUCGGAGCGAAUAGAAACUACGUGACUGAAGUAACAGUAGAGGAUGAAAAAUGUAGUAUUUUUUAAACUGCAGAGUUUAAAGGUCUUUAUAAUCUGUUCGUGUUUCGUAUUACAUUUACACUUCGUGUUCUUUAUUAUAAAACAGACUGAAACUCGUUAACAGCCUGCAGGAGAAGCCAUGUUUGUUCAGAAAUCUGCAGAAAGAAACUCCGACUGUUUUAUUCUGAAAGUGUGAAUCAGGUUUCUGCUGUACUGCAUGUGUGUGUGUGUGUGUGUGUGUGUGUGUGUUGUACACUCAGAUUGUACACAGUAAUACUGUUAAUAUAUUUAUAAACAGUAAUACUGUUAAUAUAUUUAUAUACAGUAUUACUGUAUAGGAGCUGUUUUUUAACUUAUCAAUCGAUUUAUUUUUCUUUUAAUUUUCUUUGGAGGUCAAUAAGUUGUUUUGGGAACCAAGACGAUCUGACAUUAACGCCCCAUCCUCCCUGAACCACAUGGCGUGUAAGCUGCACUCUAAGUAAGCUGACGACAGUCAGACGACUGUCAGAGUGACGGCUGC